CAUUUCUCAGCCACCAGCUAUCCACCAGCCAAUCAUUCCAGUGCCCUACUGCUCCCCCUGAUCUGCCGCAUUCCCCGUUAUUGCUAGUGGUGUUUCGAGCUUCGCGCUUUAGUUUAGAUACAUGAUCGCUCCAGUUAUCUUCUCGUGUGACCACGAGUCAUCGUGACCGAUUGACGCGUUUCGGAGCUUUCUUGUGAACUAGGCUUGGUAGAAACUAUGGCGGUCGUUUCACGAUUUGCAGCCGCGACUCCGAUCGUCCCAGCCUCGCUGCAACCGAUGCGGCAUGCAAAGGCCUCUCGCCUGGCGCUUCCACUCCGUCGGCGUCAAAUGCAAGUGACAGCGUCCCAGGACCAGCAGCGGCAAGCGCAACCAGCCAGCGAUGAGCGCAGCAAGGAGGUGCUUGACGCCUUUUUCCUCGGCAAGGCAGUAGCAGAGGUGGUGUCCGAGAGAGUGGGGUCUGCUGUGGGGGAGAUUCUGAGUGAAGUGGGGAGAAGGCAGGCGGAGCAGCAGCAGCAGAUUAAACAAUUUCAGGAGGAGGUGAAGGAGAGGGCAAGGGAGGCACUGGAACGAGCAGCUAAGGAUGCCAAAAAAUAGGCAGCAUGUUAACUUAUCACCUAGACUACUACUAGCACUAGCUACUACUGUUUGGAGAGACUUCUAGGGUACAUGGUUUCACCUACUACGAACCUCGUGUCCGAAACAUCACAGGCGGCACUGCCAGCCGGGGUAAAUGCUUAGGUGUUGCAAUUUGCAAACGUGAUAUACAGGCUGGGUCUGCUGUCACCAUGGUACCAUGUUGAACUGAUGCUCAUUCCAUUAAAGCUCAACACUGGCU